AUGACCGAAGAGAGACAGUGGAUGAAAAGAAUUCAGGAAGAAAAUGCACACCUGAAAAAUGAAAUCCGGCUGCUCAAGGAAAACUAUGAAUUACGCAUAUUGUUGGGUCAGCAGUGUGAAAACAGCAGUCAGGUUCAGUUAUUAGCAUCUCAGAUUUCUCCAACAUAUCCUGAAGCUGGUUCAUUAGUAAAAGGAGCUCAGCAUAUUGGAAGAGAAGAUUUCAAUUAUCCUCCAUCCAUCAUCUCCAAGGAGACCACGGUUCUGCCCUGUCCCAGUGCCCAGGCACAAGUUAGGCAGCUUCACAACGAUGUGCCCCUUUUUCAGCCCAGAAGUGGGGAGAGGAAGUCCACACGCUUGACAAGCACGUCAUGUUCUACCAUUGGAGGAAAACAGCUUGAGGAAUCCACAGAUAUCUCCAUGCUGAAGAAAGCUUGGCUAACAGAUGGCCCUUUCCCUGGAGGUGAUAAAGCUCAAACUCCAUUACCACUUAGCAUUGGUGAGAAAUUGUCACCUGAUGUCAACUGUGUACUACUCAGUUCAAAAGAUACGCCAAGUCACUCAUCAACAUGGGCAGAAGAAUUAGAUUCCUCAAACCCUACCAGUGCGUCAAACAAGCAAGACGUCCAGGCACAGACCCCAUUUUCAGAUGACCUCAAAAUCCACAAGGGAAGUUCUUCCACAGGGGUUUCCGAAAGGCAGCCCUAUCACUUUUUAAGUAGUGCCCAGGAUUCAAGCAUAGAACAAUCACAGCUUGAAUCUCAAGAGAUGCCCAGGAAGAAGAGAGUCUGGUUUUCAGAUGCACCAGGCACAGACAAGUUAAGGAAGUUCCAUACAUUCUACUUAAAUGAUCUAGAGAUUGCUCAAAACAGCAAGAGAAACGGACGCAUAGUGGGAGAGAUUGCCUUCCAGUUAGACAGACGUAUCCUUGCACAUGUGUUUCCUGGAAUCACACGGCUCUAUGGAUUCACAGUGUCCAAUAUUCCUGAAAAAAUCAAACAGGUCUCCAUGAAAUCUCUAGAUGGGUCUGUGGAUGAGAAAAAGUAUCGAGCCAUGACCCAGCGCUAUCAUGACCUUACUGUCCGCCUGGAGAAAAUGGGAUAUCAUACAGAGGUCCACCCAGUGUUCAGUGAAUUUCUCAUCAACACCUAUGGCAUCCUGAAGCAAAGACCAGACCUGAGCUCCAACCCCAUGCACAACAGCCCUGCUGACCUCAGGAAAAUGGUGAUUGACAUUGUGCCAUCCAAGUUCCUUGGAGAUACCUUACUGCUAUUGAACUGUUUGUGUGAACUUUCUAAAGAAGACAAUAAGGCCCUGUUUGCCUGGUAGUGCCUGCUGCAACUCUUGCUCGCAAAGCUCUCAUAGGAAGAACACACAAAGACAGCAUAUAUGUAAUAA